AUGACAGACUAUAUGGAGGCACUCAAAGAACCAACAACUUCCAAUGGCAAGGCCCCAGCAAGGAAUCUCACCUGGUCAAGACUUGAUGCUGAAGGCUUCAAAGUCAACUGGGACUCAGCUAUUAACUCAAGGGAAGGAAAAAUAGGCAUAGGAGUUCUUGUCAGAGACCAUCAAGGUCGGGUCAUUGGAGCCCUUCAUGCAAACAAUCCCCUAAAAGGAUCUCCCUUUGAUGCUGAAGCAUAUGGGGUACUCUUAACAGCAAUUUUUUGUAGAGAGCUUGGCCUGAAAAGUAUCUACUUAGAGGGGGAUGCAAAACAAGUGGUGGACCUGUUGAAGAAUCACAAACUGAAUUGGAGUCUAGGUGGAUGCCUCAUUGGAGAUGCAAGACAGCUACUUAAUGAAUAUAGCCUCUGGUCUGUAUCACAUGUUCUUCGGGAGGCUAAUUCAGCAGCUCACUAUCUAGCGAAAGAUGCUCUUUUGUGCUCUGAAGAUCUUUAUGACAUAGAAGUGUGUCCAUCAUGUAUUUGUACUAUAGUUACCAAGGAAAUGUUGUAUACUCUCUAG